CUAAGUUGCCCCCAACUGAGCUUUUGAAGCCCAAAUAAAAUAUUCCAAUUGAACAGGCCUGUCUGCCUGCCACCUACCUCCAUUCCCAAACAUUUUCCACCAUUCUUCCCCCCACACCCAUUUCUUCAUUUUCUCUCUUCACAAACCCUUCUUCAAAGCCGGAAUUUCUAACCUAACACUUCAAUCUUUCCGGCCAAGAUCAAAGUCGGCGGAGAAUGGUGUCCCCUGAAAACUCCAAUUAUUGGUCUCACUUCGAUUAUGCUACCUUGAUCGACGAUAUCCCUGUCCCUGAUGAUCCUUAUGCCGGUUUUGCUUGGUCUACGCAGCCAAUCGACGCCCCUUCUAAUGUUGUCAGUGUGGAAAUUGAUGGCUCAUUUGGAGAUUCAGACGGUCUAAAGGAAUCUGGUUCAAAGAAGAGGGUUAGAUCCGAAUCAUGCAAUGCAUCUAGCUCCAAAGCAUGUAGGGAGAAGUUGCGUAGAGAUAGGCUAAAUGACAAGUUUAUGGAGUUGGGUUCUAUUUUGGAACCUGGAAGGCCUCCCAAAACUGAUAAGUCUGCUAUUUUGAUUGAUGCUGUCCGAAUGGUGACCCAGUUACGAGGUGAAGCCCAGAAAUUGAAGGAUUCAAAUACUAGUCUACAGGAAAGGAUUAAAGAGUUGAAGUCUGAAAAGAAUGAGCUUCGUGACGAAAAGCAAAGGCUGAAGGCAGAGAAAGAAAGGCUGGAGCAGCAACUCAAAGCAAUGAAUGCACAACCUAGCUUCAUGCCGCCCGCACCACCAGCAAUCCCUGCUGCAUUUGCUGCGGCUCCGGGUCAAGCUCCUGGGAACAAGUUGGUACCUCUCAUUGGCUAUCCUGGAGUUGCAAUGUGGCAGUUCAUGCCGCCUGCAGCAGUGGAUACUUCACAGGACCAUGUCCUCCGCCCUCCGGUUGCCUAAGUUGGCAACCAACAAUGAUUGGGGUUGCAUUUUGAUGCAAACAAGGGUAUAAGUUAAUGUUCUGGGCUGUUUAGAUUUCGCUGAAGUUUUUCUAACUGGCUUUGUUGGGUGACUGUCAUUGUACUCCUACGAUUUGGUGCUGGUAAUCACAUGUAAAUUUCUAAUAAGUUAAUCUGGCAACCUUUGUUUCUCUGUGUUCUAGGUUAAGGCUAGGUACUCAUGUCUGCAAAACAAUUUGUUUUGUGCUCAAUUUUUAUAAUUGAUUUUACUUUGCUUC